AUGGUGCCCCAACAGUUUGCAAAUCGCACUCAUCAUAACCUGCAAGGGCAACAUUCCAGAGAUCUUUCCACAGACUCACAAGAAGUUGCCAUGAGACCUCACUCCUGCAGUGCUAAAGUAUCCUCACAAGCAGCAGACGCCAUAAUGCUGCCCCUCGUUCGCAGAAUGAGCCAGUUGAGUGCUGAAGAUGAUGACGAUACCAAACUUCGUCUCCCAUCCUUGGAAGGUUGCUUCCAAUGCAAUGAUCAUGAUGAUGAUCACAGCCUCGACUCACAAGUCAAAUUGGUGGACGACACGAUGGUCCAUGAAAACGACAGCGAUGACAGUGAUGAUGACGAUAGUAUCAUGUCGCAAAUCAGGGUCUUGUCGGCCCUGGAAACGGCAGCCUUUCAAGAUGCCGAAACUAUUGUCCACGAUAAUGUUGUUCCUGACGAGGACAGUGAUGAUGACAGUCUCUCUUCCAUUGUCUCCAAGGCCUACUCGGUUACCUCCUCGUCCUCUGCAUCCUGCUGCUCUUAUUCCGCAUCUUCGUGUGAUGAUAUGAUGGUGCCUGCUGGGACGAAACGGGUGGUCUUUGUGCGCCAACACAAUGAGAUUCAUACCAUUCCAAACCGAGAAGACUUCUCGUUGGAGGAGAUUGGAACGGUUUGGUACAAACCUGAAGAAAUGGCUGCCAUGGUAGUGGCUCGCUACAAGGAAGAUGCCAGAGCCAAACGAGCAGCCAAGAUGCAAGAACAGGGCCCACUUCCCAUGGUAAUGGAUCACAUCUUGCCAUCAGAAGAAUCCUCCUCAUCAAGCUCUACCACAAACACAAGAUCGACCUCGUUGCCACUGACACUCAUGGCCUGCUUGCCCGCUGAGGGCUUGCUACGGGAGUCUUGCAAACCCGAUGACGAGGCAAGUGAAGCACGCAUUCAUACUCUUGUGGAUGCUGUCAUGGACGAGCAAGAAGUCCAGUGGGACGCAGACAUUGACGAUGCCGACACGCUGGCUCAAGCUUCCUAUGCACAUUCCCGAGCCUGCACCAUUGAUGCCAUCCAGAGGGCACAAUUGGAUGCCCUGGAAGCCAUUCCAUUCUACUUGGGCGAUGACUCAUCUACGGAAAAUGAUCUUUUGGAUCAUUCGAUGCGAUCCGAGACUGGGCACUGCCGAAAAAUACAAGAAGAAGUCUACCAAUUGAGUCCAAUGGUUGUCUCGCCAAAAGCCAAGUCCAUCAAGAAGAAGCAUCGAGCUCGAAAGAACUCUGCUGUUGUGGAAAGCCGAUGGAGUCCCGCCUCCCCCAAGAGAACUUGGUCUGGUCUCAAGGGCAAGGAACAGCAAGAAGGAGGCACUAAUCAGAUGCAGAAUGGACGCUGGAGUCCCGUGAACACUGCAAAGAGGACAUUGACUUCACUCCCAAUGCCAUUGAGAAUCACAAGCGACCAUGGCCCAGAACAACAACAACAACAACAGGAAAACAACAGCAAUCGCUCGCACGAUAGAUCAUUAUCAAUGCCAAUGAGAAUAGCAAGCAAUCAUGGUUCGGGUGAAAUGAGCGAUAUUCUUAGUGUUGUAUCAUCCGGAAGCAUCGAUUCCGAAUCGGAGUUUGGUGCCAUUGAGUACGAAGAACGACUUGCUCCACCCACGACCGUGUCUGUGCAAAAAAAGAAGACCCGGAAAACCAAGAUCUUUUCCAAGAAAGAUUCCAGUAGUACUACUGGAAUUUACCAAAAGGUGAAGCGAAAACUUCAGGAUUCCAAGAAGAAGAACAAGCGAAAGAAGAAGGCCAAAAGCACCAAAACGGACAAGAAAAAGGUCAAGGGGAUGAAGAAGGCGAUCGCAAUCAUCACCAAGAUGGAACCAUCGCAAUCAUCUGGAUUGAGCGAUGAGUUUGCAGAAAUGGAUACCUCUGAGGUCAAACGCACCCUCGUUGCCUUGUAG